CCUUGUUCACCCUUGCGAUAACAACACAGCAGGGGAGUGUCGGUCGAACCCGAGAACCAGGGAGAGGGAGAGGUCUGGUCACAGGCAAACGAGAGCGCAAAAGGCGUAGCUACAGCCUCCUUACAUCGUCCUGAAGUCAUGAUAUGGAUAUUGAUUGUGUGGUUUCGUGUUCAUUGUCUACAGUUUUAAAUCAGACGUAAAUAUGUCACAGACGAUUAUUUUGGAUACAAACAUGAACCAAGAGAACGUGUUCAGGAAGGGUUGCGACCCCCUGAGCCAGACGGCCCGAGGCAAGCUACAGAACCAGAGGCAGAAGCUCAAUGAGAAGAUCAACAAGGAGCUACGGAUGAGGACUGGUGCCGAGAACUUGUACAGGGCCGCGGAGAAUAACAAGAAGCUCCGAGAACGAGUGAGCCUGGAGCUGUCCUACUUCAACUCCAACAUCCAGCUCCUGAAGGAACAGUUGGCCGAGAUGAACAGUUCAGUGACAGUCUAUCAGCAUGAGAACUCCACCAGCAUCACUCCCAUGAUUCCUCUAGGCUUGAAAGAGACGACCGCCAUAGAUUUUACUACUGCUUUCAAGGAUGAAAUCUUGGAGCAUUACAGUGAGGAUGGGGAGAAGUACCUUGGAGAGAUGAAAGAACUACAGGACCUCCGAGAGGCAGUACGCACUCCGUCCAGGAAUCAGGCUGGCGUAGAGCUGCUCAUGGAAUAUUUCAACCAGCUCAGCUAUGUGGAGCGUCGCUUCUUCUCCAGUCGAAGACAGUUGGCCGUGUUUUUUCAUUGGUAUGACUGCCUGACAGGUGUACCCAACACACAGCGGUCCAUUGGCUUUGAGAAAGGCAGUGUUCUGUACAACAUGGGGGCCCUGUACACACAGAUUGCGUGCAAGCAGGAUCGUACAACUAAAGAAGGUGUGGUUCAAUCCAUCGUUAACUUCGAGAAAGCUGCGGGAAUAUUCCAGUACUUGGCAACACACUUCAGCCACGCGCCCAGUCAGGACAUGCAGCAGGAAAGUCUGGCGAUGCUCGUCUCUCUCAUGUUGGCCCAGGCACAAGAAUGUGUUCUUGAGAGUCGUCUCAUCUGUGGGUCCAAGGACGGCAUUUUUGCCUGCACACAGAUAGCUCAAGAAGCCUCCAUGGUCUCUCAAAGGUACAAGGAUACUCACGAGAAAAUGUCUCUUGAGCCCACCAAGAGUUACCUCCCAUUUUCCUGGCUGGCUAUGGCCGAGACCAAACAGCAUUUCUUCCGGGGUCUGUCCCACUACUACAUCGCCCUGGCCCUGUUGGAGCAGAAAGAUAGCAGAGAAGGGAAGAAAUUGAAAAUGAUGUUUGAGGCCAUACAUGCAGAGUCAGAGUCAACGGAGAAUGGUGUGCAACAGGUGCCGGUGACUGAUGAUGAGCAAAAGAAUUUAGGCAAAGGCCAUCUCAGAGAAGCUGUUGUAAACCAUGAAGAGUCCAUACGUAUUCACAACCUAUGCAAGCAACUGCGGAAGAUUGAUUCGUUCAGGGAUAUUUUACAAAAAACCCAUGAAAGGGCCCCAUCAGUGUGUUCAACGCGUCCAGCGACUGGUCAGCCCCGCGUGUGGUGGUGUUGGAGCGGCAGCCGACAGAGGGCUUUGGCUUCAGCGUCAAGGGAGACUCACCAGUGGUGGUGGCAGACAUGGAGGCCGGCUCUGUUGCUGCUCGUUCGGGCAUGAAAGUCAAGGACUACAUCGUGGGCGUGGGUAUCGUGGACACCAAGUGGGCCAAGCACGAGGCCGUGGUCCAGCUGGUCAAGCAGGCCAGUCUGAGCCUUAAACUGAUGCUGGUCACGCCCAUGCCCAAACCCGAACCUUCCGCCACCCGCCCCUUCUCCACCAUCAGUCUUCCAACUUCACCAUUGAAGCAGGUCCAGAUUACAUCUCAGGCCGCUGCCACAGAGAGGGAGAGGAAGAGUCACAGUCGACUCAGUGCCCCCUGGAUGUUUGUCCGAAGGAACUCUAGCAAGGACAGAACCAGCGAGCGGCCAAAAUCUACAGCUGUGCCCGUCAAUGGGAACAUCAAGCUGGUCAGCAAUGGUAACCUUCGAGGGACAUCACAUUUCACAAAUGGAGGAGAUGUGGAGUUGUAGAAUAGUUUAUCCCCCAACACCCCCCCCCCGAGCAGCGAAAGCAAAAACUGUAAUGCUCCUCGUGCGUUUGGCAAUUUUACACAUUUUUCACAUGCACAUAUACGCAACGCACGCUGGCUGUGCAAUGUUCUGUUGAUUCGAAUCUAUUCUAUUAUAGCAAAAGCUUGCCUUAAUUGCUGAAGAUUGUUGAUGUAGGAAAGGACUGUGCAAAUGUUAUUGAGAGCAAAGUCAUAUUUCGUAAUGUGUUAAUGCCUUGUCACUGAUAUUAAUUUCAUCAUUCGUUUGGGUUCAUGGAUUCACUUGGGACUUUCUUGUCUUGACCAUAAAUUGUUGGGAUGUUGAAAAAGGAGACAGUGUUGUGCCCUCAGGUUGUGUUUUCACUUUUAUCAUUUAGUCAUGCUAGAUGGGUUUUUUUUGUAAUGAUCAGUUUUUUAAUCAUUAAAAGGCUGAUUUGCUCACUGGUUUUGCUUAUGAUCCACAUUAUAUCUUGUAGAGGUUGAAAUUAUAUUUUUGUUAAGAUUUUGGUAUCAACGUAAUUGUGGGAAGGUUUUUUAAAUCAUAUAUUUGUGCUGCACAUAUUGUCUUUACACAAGAGAGAUUAUGAAAGAGCAAAUGACUAUUAUAUAACACACUCUUCUCAUUUGUUGGCUGUAUAUCCAGUAGUUGGUGUAUCUUUUCAGCAAACUUAAUGUGUUGCUAGUUACGUUUAAUUGAAUACACAUAGAGUACCAGUCAUCCUGUUGCUUCUUUUUUUCUUAAGCUUUAGGGGUUGUGGUACUCUUUGUGAUUUAGAGCACACAAAAAUCCGUCAUGAGAAGCUGAUUUGGCAGUAUGAUUUGAGAAUUCUAAUCCACUAAUAAGAAACACUUUUUUUUUCUUUUUCUAGUAUUAUAUUUGUUUUUUUGUAUUUCUAUGUUUUUUUUGGGGGUUUUUCCCAUGACUCUGAACAGGGUUUACCAUACAAGGUUACAGUAAAAUAAGGGUAGCUCAGAACACAUGUGUCAAAGUUUUGAUGCUGACGGACAAGUCAUGACAAACAAAAGACGGUUACUACUUACUACUUAUGUGGAAGUGACUUUCUAUUGGAUAUGUAGUAGACAAGGGAUGGGCCUACAAAAGUUGUUUUGAAUUGGAGGGAAAAAAUGACAUCUCAGAAACUGUCAAGUUGAAAGAGUGACUGGUAACAACCUCUCAAAAGAACCUGUCAUCAGAGUUGAGGCAAUAGCAUGUGUCUGGCUACUGAUAUUAUUGAUUCCCUGAAAUAUGGA